ACGGUGAAGUACCAAUUGUUAAUCGGUAUAUGGGCACUGCCGAAACAAUCAACCAUCCGUAAAAGAAAGCUCUAUAUAUACUUUGCCUACAAACAUUUACGAAAUCAAGAUAUUCAGAUGGUACCUUUACAAUACCACACAAACAUGCACACCCAUGUACAUAUAUACACAAACGCACACAAAUACACACAGAAACAGACACACACACAUACACAUGCAUGCAUAUGCACACACACACACACGCACACACACACACAUACACACACACACAUGCACACACACAUACACACACACAUACGCACACACAUACACACACACACAUAAAUACACGUACACACAAUCUCGGCACGACCACCGUGAACUCUUUCUGCAACGGACACCGUCCUGCAUAAUUUUGCACUUCUGAUAAAGGCCGGACAGUUAACUAGGAAAUGUACGGUGGCCUAGA